CUUUGGGUCUCCAGCUCCAGUCUCAACGCUCUUCAUCAUACCACCGCCAUCGUGCAUACCACAUAGACGACUGAUAUCACCCGACAUUCGGGCAAUUGAUACCACCUUCACUAAUCAACUCGCCAUAAUCCUUACGACAAAUCAAAACUCUCUUCCAUAUCUUAAUGCAUGUCAGCAUCACUAUCCGAUAAUGUGGCAUCUCAAGAACAGCAAGGAAACUCCGUUUACGCUGCGCUAGCGCGUACAGCGGCUAGAAGCGCAGCGCUUUAUUUCUCGCGACCCGUCCGACUCUUCCGGCCUGCCAAAGUGUCGGGAUGGCAGUCGCUGCGUGGACAUGCCCUCAAGAAUGGACAGGAACUCAACCCACAGUAUAUCACAUCCCUACUACAGAAACAAGGUUGGGCGGUGGUCCCAAAGCACUUUCUUCCUCCGAUGCUUGCGAAUGCCGCGCUUGGAACGGUACUCUGGACUUCAUACGCAGAGGCAUCGCAACUCCUAGAAGACAACUUUGAUAUGCAUCCAACGACUGUAUCUGCUCUUUCUGGCGCCGUAGCAGGUGGCGUCCAAUCUUUGGCGGCUGCUCCCGUUGAGAACGUCCGGCUUGUCAUUGAGGGGGGAACAGGCCGCGGAUGGUCACAUGCGUGGAAAGAGGUCUUUCGCAAUACUGCCGCUCGCGCGCCUAUCAAACAAGAAGCUAAUGUUAAAGACGCACGCGACGUUAGAGCCUGGAUGAGGGACGUGAAGGGCAUGGCUGGGCGAGGGUGGGAUGGAUGGGGCUGGGGGUGUGCUAAAGACAUGCUCGGUUUUGCUGCAUUUUUCGCCAUUUUUGAUGUCACACGUCGCUUCGCCCAAGUCAAUAAGACCGUCGCGGAGGAUGUGACUUUGGUUGCCUCAUCUUUCUUGAAAGAACCGCUCGAAUCUGCAAAUCGACACUUUCCCCGCGUCGCUCACGGGGUCACUCUCGUCGGCGGAGGAGUGGUUGCUGGGGUUUGUUACGAAAUGUUGGGUCGACCCUGGGAUGCUGCACGGAAGGCCAUCCAGGUCGAUCGCACCGUUCAUCCGGAUACCCCGUCACCGCUUCGUGCUGUCACCUCCAAGUUUCGCGAGGAAGGCUUUGCUGCUUUCUUUCGGGACGUCAACGCUGCCACGACAGAGAUAGAACCGCGGGUCGGGGUUUCUCGCUGGCGAUACAAUGCCGCCAGGACCGUAGCUAGAGUGGGUCCAUGGGGUGUCGGGUUCUUGGUGUGGGAGGCAUUUGGACCUGGAAUUUCAUAG